AUGAAAAUCGAUAUGAUACUGCCCGGUGUUGUAUGUUGGAUAUUUUUAAUGUUAACCUUCAUGCAAUCAUCUGCCGUUGAACAUCAAGAUGGAAAGCCUAUUAAUCAUAGUGAUGAACAAGAAAUUCAUAUUUUACGACAAGAUCCGUCAUUACUAUCAAAAUUAGAAAAUUUACAUCCAACAAAAUUCUAUUCUCUCUUUCACGAAAAUGGCCACGAUGGAAAUCAAAAUUCAGAAGAACUUGAGUUUGAAAAAAGGCGUUUCAAUGCAUGGGCUGGUAAACGUAUGGUUCCGAUAAAACGACGAUUUAAUGCAUGGGCUGGUAAACGAUCGGUACCAUUGCAUUUACGAGAAGGUCGACGAUUCAAUGCUUGGGCUGGAAAAUAA